AUGGAUAGUGUGCAGUCCAACCCCGCCCAGUCUCCCUCAGACGUCGUAGACCCGAUAGGCAAAAUUUUCCCACAGGCCGAUGAAUCCGCAAGGCACACUGAGGCGAGGAAAGCACAGCACACGCUCGGUAUGGAGGCCGUCGAAAGUAUAGAUAGCAUCUCGAAGAUACUGAAAGAGCAAGUCCUGUUCUAA